ACGCGCUCGCCGCGAGCCCGGCAACCCCAUUGCAAUGGCGCUGUCGGUACAGGUCUCCGCCGUCGCCGCCCCGCAUGUCCUCCCUCUCCCACGCCGCCUCGCGUCUGCUCCGGGCCCGGCGCCUCCUCUCACUCUCCACCGGUCCGGCUCCGGCUCCGUUCGGUUGACGCGGCGGGCGAGCGUGCGGGUCCGCGCGGGCGCCAGCGGAGGCGGGCGGAGGAGGGAGUCCCCGUACGAGGUGCUCGGUGUGGUGCCGUCGGCGUCGCCCGCCGAGAUCAAGCGCGCGUACCGGCGCCUCGCGCUCAAGUACCACCCGGACGUCAACAAGGAGGCGAAUGCUCAGGCGAAGUUUCUGAGGAUCAAGCACGCCUACAACACGCUGAUGAACUCCGUUAGCCGGCCCAAGUAUUCGGGUAGCAGCAGCGGCGGCGGCAGCCAUGAUGCAGAAGAGGAGUUCGAUUGGCUCGCGGCUGUCAUUAAAGAGCUGGAAACAUAUCUGAACUCGGAAGAUGGCCUGGAUUUAGAGUGCAAACCUGAAAGCGUGUGGGAAGUAGUGUUUUCGUUUUUUCUAAUAAUCGCCAUGCUUAUCUUCGUGCAUCAAAAAGACUUGAUUGUCCUCAUCAAGUUCUUAUCAUUAGAAGUGCGCAUUUUCAUCAAAAAGAGUUGUAUGACAAUCAACUCUUGUAUCAACUCUUGUAUCAGGAAGAGUUGA